GGGGGAGGCGCCGCCGCCGCCGCGCGCGGCCGCCGGCGGGACGGAUGCACACGAGGUAACCAGGCUUUGCUGUUUCUGCUGAGAGACCGCACUCUGCAGGCGGCCGCUGCUCGCUCGCAUGGUUUCUGAGCCCCAAGCUUUCGGUUGUUGGCUGGGACACGGGGCCUGCUGCCAUGGAGCUGCCCAACCAUGCCAAGCAGCUGCUUCUGCAGCUGAACCAGCAGCGGGCCAAAGGCUUCCUCUGCGACGUCAUCAUCGUGGUGGAAAACGCUCUCUUCCGCGCCCACAAGAACGUCCUGGCCGCCAGCAGCAUGUAUUUCAAGUCUCUCGUUCUGCACGACAACCUCAUCCACCUGGAUACGGACAUGGUCAGUCCCACGGUUUUCCGCCAGGUCCUGGAUUUCAUCUACACGGGCAAGGUGCUCCCGGGGGAGCAGCCCGCGGAGCCCAACUUCAGCACGCUCCUCACUGCCGCUAGCUACCUCCAGCUCCCUGAGCUGGCCGCUCUGUGCCGCCGGAAGCUCAAGCGGGCAGGGAAACCCUUCGGCUCGGGCCGGGCUGGGGUCCCGGGGGCGGGCCGGCCGGCCCGCGGCCAGCGGCUGUCCGCCGCCUCGGUCAUCCAGGCUCGGUACCCAGCGGCCUCAGAGAAUCGCAAGGCUGUGCAUCCUCCCAAAGAGCUCCCCCAGUCCAAGGGCUCGGACGACGAGCUUUUUCUCGGGGGGCCCGGGCAGGAGAACUCGCAUCCCCUGAGCCGAAUGGGCUGCAAGAAUGGUGGCGAUGGGGCCAGCUGCGGGGGCUCUAGCGGGAACAGUGGUGGCAGUGAGCAGGAGCUGGGCCUCGACCUCUCCAAGAAGAGUCCCCCCUUACAGCCCCCGGCCCCCGGCCCCCUCCUCGGCCCUGAUGACCUCGGCCAGCUCAGCGACAGCCAGCACGGCUCCCCGGCUCCAGCCUCCACCAACAGUGCCUCGUACGCGGAGCCCGGCGGGCCCCCGGAAGACCCCAUGGAGGUGGAGGGGCCGGGGGGCCCCGAGGAAAACCACUCGGGGCUGCUGGAGGGGCCGGGGGGCCAGCCUCGCAAGAGUCUGCGGCACCUGGCUCGGAAGAAGGAGUGGAGCAAGACAGAGGCCGUGGCCUGCGCCUCGGCGGGAGGCAAGAGCUGCUGCCCCGGGGACGAGGAUGAGCUGGAGGAGGGGCUCCCCAACGGCAUCCUGGGGGCCGGCGGAGGCGGCGUUGGGGCGCCCUACGGAGAGCCGCCCUACCCCUGCAAGGAGGAGAUGGAGAACGGCAAGGAGCUCAGCGAGGACAGCGGGCAGAGCGAGGGCGAGGGCGCCGGGGGCCCCGCGGGGGCCGCCAACUACGUGUACCGCCAGGAGGGCUUCGAAGCGGUGCCCUAUGGGGACAACCUGUACGUCUGCAUCCCCUGCGGUAAAGGCUUCCCCAGCUCGGAGCAGCUCAACGCCCACGUGGAGACGCACACGGAGGAGGAGCUCUUCAUCAAGGAGGAGGGCGCCUAUGGGGGCGGCGGCCCCGCGCCCGAGGAGGAGGCCGAGGACCUGUCGGCCCCCAGCCCGGCCUACGCGGCCGAGCAGCGGCCCUUCAAGUGCUCGGGCUGCGAGAAGAGCUACAAGGACCCGGCCACGCUGCGGCAGCACGAGAAGACGCACUGGCUGACGCGGCCCUUCCCCUGCAACAUCUGCGGCAAGAUGUUCACCCAGCGCGGCACCAUGACCCGCCACAUGCGCAGCCACCUGGGCCUCAAGCCCUUCGCGUGCGAGGAGUGCGGCAUGCGCUUCACGCGCCAGUACCGCCUGACGGAGCACAUGCGCGUGCACUCGGGCGAGAAGCCCUACGAGUGCCACCUGUGCGGCGGCAAGUUCACGCAGCAGCGCAACCUCAUCAGCCACCUGCGCAUGCACACCUCCCCCUCCUAGGAGCCAAAGAGGCCCCGCCCCCCGGGCCGGCGCCCCGCCCCCCCAGCUUUAACUGCCAGUGCAUACCGAGAGAAGCAGAGGGAGCCUGGCCCGCCUGCGCCGCCCUGCUCCCUCCCUGCUCCCUCUGCUGCUUUGGCAUUCGGUCUACCUCCACCCCUCUCCCGAGGGGCGUCCCCCUCCCCUACCCCUCCCAAUGCUCCAGAACCAGCGGGAAUGGGGGGGGUGGGGAGGCCGGCUUCUGGCUUGGGCUCAGCCUGCUCUCCUCAGGGCACAGCUGAGCCUUCUUCCCGAGCCCGGAUCCCUCAUGGGGGGGGGGAUGCGUGCAUCCGUGUGUGAAUGUGUGCGCGUGUGCGUGUAUGUGGAACAGAUGCUGGGGGGGGGCUGCUCUCCCCUCCCCCCAGGCAGUCAGGGUUACCCCAGUCACUUGUUUUCUUCCCAUCCCUCUUCCCCAUACUGUUGGUUGGUUUUGAUUUAUUAUUUUUUUCUUUAAACUCAGCUUCGAUCUCUUGUUUCCCGCCGCCCCUGCCCUGCUUCCUUGGGACCGGGGCCUGAAUGUAAGCGGGGCAGCUGGCCUCCACUCCCCUCCCCCCACCAGUGUGGAGCCCUAACCUGGGGGGCCCCUCGGACUCCCAGGCGCUCCCCCUGCACCCAGCCUGGCUACCUGUAUGUUCUGUGACUUUCUUUGCUUAGAGGUACUUGUUUUGUGGAGACAGCCCAGGGUCUGCUUGCCUGGAGGGUCUGGGUGGUGGGAGGCAGGGGGCUGACCUGGGUUAUGUGUUUGCAGGUACUUUUUAUUUUGUGGGUGGGUGUUGGCAUGUUGGUGCGUUUGUGUGUGUGCGUGUGCGUGCACAGAUGGUUCGAUUCUUUCCUCACUGAACAAGGGAGUCUGAUCCGAGACUUCUGAUUUUUUUCUACCUCUUAAAUUCAUAAGAACAAUAAGACGGUGAGUGGCCCAUGAGACUGAGACUGGGGUUCUUUGGUCGUCCCUCCUGCCCUGUAGAGCUGGGGGGCACUCCUCCCUCCCCCCCAGGCCCCUCAGGACUGAGGGCAGAGCUUGGCCAAAGACAUCGGGGAGGAGCGUUUGGAGUGGGGCGUGUGUGUGCCGGACUGUGUCUCAGGGAGCCUCGUGGGCAUGAUCUGACAGCCGUUUGUCCGUGGGCUUACCGUGUGUGACCUCGAGCAGCCUUCGGUCAGAGAGUGGAGCAUGUGUGCAGGUGCAUGCGUGAGUGUGCGCGUGUCGGGGUGCUGAGUGGAGUUCAGCUGGAGGCCAGGGCCCCCUCCUCGGCCUUCCCCUUUCCCUGCACAUCUGGACAAGACCUGGGGCCCG